AUGGUUUUCAUCAAAAGAUUGGUGCCUCUUUCAAUUUUCUAUUGUUUUGAAGGAAUCAUGUUAGGACUUAUCUUAUACAGUGUUCCUUAAAAUUUGAUAGAUAAAGGGAUUGAGAUUAAUAGAUAUAACUAUAUGAUCGUGCUUUUUCCUUACUUGUUUAGAUACUUAGUUUCACCUAUUAUAGAUAGUGUGAGUUUGGACAAAAUGGGUAGAAGAAGAAGCUAAUUGACACUCUUGUUUUUUGGAUUAGGGUAUAGUUAAGUUUUUAAUUCUUAGAGUUCUGUUAUAUUUUUCAAAUUUCUAAUCCCUUGAUCCUAGUAUAUGGUUUUGGAAUAUAUUUUGGAUUGUAUGUUUUUUGGCUUGCAUUGAUCUCAUAAUAGCAGCCUGGUUAGUUGAAAGUUUAGAUAAGCAGGAUAGAGGGUAUGGAGCAUUGGCUCAAUUUCUAGGAAUUUUGAUUGGAGGAUUCAUUGGAGCAUUCAUUUUUAAGAUGUUCAAUUCACUUGAAUUUUGUAAUACAUAUAUUAAUGCAAUUCCUCAGGAAGUACCAUUCAUUACUUUGUCAAGUUUAUUUAUCAAUAAUUUUUAGUUGCAUUCAAGGAUUUAUCUUAUGUUUCAGCAGGACUUGGAGUUGCAUGCAUUAUAAUAAUCCAUAAUGAAACAACUACUAAUUAAGAUGUAUGAAUAUAAUUAUAUUAGAUCAUUGAAGCGUAUAAAUCUGCUAUGGGAGCUUUUUCAAAUAGACAUUUGAUUGUUCUCUUUUUAUUUUUUUGUUUCUUCAGAAUAGGAUAAAUGCCAAUUGAUUUAGCACAAAUUCACAUGAAGAGAGGUUAAUUUACAGAAGGUUAAAUUUAAUUUCUUGAGAUACUUACAUUUCCAAUUGCAUGCAUUUUACCAUUUUAUAUGGCCAAAAUGAUAAAGACUAGAGUUUUAGAAAUCAGAUUCAUCAUAGUUUUUUCCAUCUAUGAAAUUGGUAUACCAAAUUUAGAAAUCUUUUAUAAUUAGUCAUCUCAGGAGUAUUUAUCAUAACCUUGUUUGCUUCUGAAUAGAAUUUUCCAUUUCCUUAUAGAGACACAUUAUUGAAAAUAUCAUUAAUUAGUGUAUGGUUAUUAAACUUGAUUAACAUCACUUUGGCUCAAUCUUAUAUUUAUAAAACUACUCAUAGUUCAAUAGCAGCUACUUUUAUAGCUUUGUUAAGUAUAAGUAUUUUGAUAAUAUUUUAAGCAACUGGGAUAAACUUUUAAUUCAUUUUUGAAGGGUUUGUAGAAUAUUUAUUAGCCAAUUACAAUUAUUAUUUGAUUUGGCUAAGUGGAGUAGGUAUAUAUGCAUUAUUUUUUUUCCAUCUGGCUUCUAGAGUUACAUUAAUUGAUUAAUUGAAUUGUUAAGAGUUUAGUUUAGAAAUUGAUAUAAAAAAAGAAAAACUGUUAAUUAAUACCGAAUUGACAACUUUAUCUUGA